AUGAGUCUUUUUUGGUUGAUUCUUUUAGUUGGAACAAUUAGUGUGAUGGGGGUUUCGAGAGAAAAAAAAAGUCUUUUAAAAAAACGAGCCUUAGAGUGGUCUUUGGCUAUUUUGUUUAGUGCUCUGGUUUCAUGGGGAGGAUUUGAUGGAGAAGGACAUUUUCAAUUUCUAGAACUCGUUGAAUGAGGGUCUUUUUUAGCUUGGGGCCCUCUCCCUUUUGCUUUAGAUGGUGUCUCUUUGUUCUUUUUGCUUUUAACAACUUUUUUAAUUCCGGUUUGUAUUUUAAUAAGCCCGAAAUCGACAAAGGUUUUAUUUAAAGAGUUUUUAUUAUGUCUAUUCUUUUUAGAGAUUUUAUUGGUUGGUGUUUUUUUAGUUUUUGACCUUUUUUUAUUUUAUAUUUUUUUUGAGGGUGUUUUAAUACCAAUGUUUUUUUUAAUUGGUAUUUGAGGUUCUCGAGAAGAAAAAGUCCGUGCUUCUUUUUAUUUUUUUUUUUUUACUUUUGCAGGGUCGGUUUUCUUUUUUUUUGUAAUACUUUUUUUAUAUCAGUCAACUGGAACAACCAAUUAUAUUCUUUUACUUAAUACGAAAUUGUCUUUGAGUGUUCAAAAAUGAGCGCUGGUUGGUGUCUUUCUUAGUUUUGCUGUUAAACUACCGCUUGUUCCUUUCCAUAUUUGGCUUCCACAAGCGCAUGUCGAAGCUCCUGUUGCAGGCUCUGUUAUUUUAGCGGGGAUUUUAUUAAAACUAGGGGGCUAUGGUCUUUUGCGUUUUUCUUGGCCUCUUUUUCCAGAGGCUUCUUUUUAUUGAUCUCCAGUUAUUGUUUGUUUUAGUGUUAUUGCGGUUGUUUAUGGGGGGCUGAUGACAUGUCGUCAAAUUGAUUUUAAACGACUUGUUGCUUAUUCUUCUGUUGCACACAUGGGGUUAGUCCCUUUGGGCAUUUUCACACAUAUUAUGGAGGGGUUGGUCGGGGCUGUUUUUUUAAUGUUAGCACAUGGCUUUGUUAGUUCUGCUCUUUUUAUUGGAGUGACUUUUUUAUAUGAUCGUCAUCACACGCGUUUAAUAAAAUAUUAUCGGGGUCUGACUUUAACUAUGCCACUUUUUGCUGUUUCCAUGCUUGUUUUGUCUUUAUCAAAUAUGGGGCUACCUUUAAGUUGCAAUUUUGUUGGGGAGUUCUUUUCUUUACUUGCGGCGUUUAAAUAUUAUUAUGGGGUUGGGGCGCUUGUUGUUUUUGGGGUUCUUUUUUCUGCUAUUUAUUCUCUUAGUUUGUUUAACCGUAUUUCUUUUGGAGGAGGGUCUAACUAUCUUCUUUUUAAUAGAGAUUUAAAUCGACAAGAGGGCUUUACAAUGUUUCCUUUUCUUAUAAUAAUUUUUCUUGGAGGGGUUGUACCUUUUUUUGUUAUUAACUUGGUUAAAAACAGUCUUGUUUUUAGCCCAAUUGGUUAG